AGGAGAAGGAACAUUCCGGCAGCCAGACUGAGCAGACGUUUUUAGUCUCACAUCAGAGAGAAAGCAGCAGGAAGUCCGUCGCUGAAGAGCAGCUGACCGAGGCGAAAAGAUGACAAGCGUGAUGAAGCAUCUUGUAAACCACCUCCUGACGUUCUCGCUCCAGGAAGGAGAUGUCCAAGGCGUAGAGGAGGCACAGGCACGUCUUUCCUUCCUAGCAGAAAACAAAAAGUUGUGGAGUCAAAAGAUGUUCCUGGACAUCGGGACCAACUCCAUUAGUCUCCGAGACGUACAGAGUCAGGACGAGCUGGAGCAGUACUCCUUCAAAGACAUCUACCGCUGUGACGCCAUCGACACAGAGAAACACUUCCCGUCCCUGCUGCUGUUGGUCUGCCAGCGUUCAAACCAGAAGAAGCCAGAAAUUCAGUUCUUCAACUGUGAACCUGAGCAGGCGCAGCUAAUCUGUGAGGAAAUUAGAGAUGCGGUUUCGGAUACCUCCAGCAGCAGCAAGAAGGUUCCGGAUGCCCACAGGGUUCCUAAAAACAAAGAGAUGAUGUACGAUCCCUACGAUAUACCAAGUCCUCCCCUCGCCUUCGCUCCGAACCCCCCUCCAGUCAACCCUCCUCCUUAUCCCGGACUAAAAGCAAACGGACAAAAUGAGCCCGACAUCUCCUUCCUGCGAGCAGAGAGAGAAGUGAUGAUCCUCAAUCACUGCUUCGAUGACAUCGAGACGUUCAUGGGGAAGCUGCAGCAGACUGCAGAGGCAACAACAGCCCUAAACCAGAGGAAGAAGAAGAAGAAGAAAACCAAAAAGCAAACUACUGAAGAUGAUUUACUCGCUGAAAAGGCCCAUCCACCACCAGAAGAGGAAUUUAUUGAUAUCUUCCAGAAGUUCAAAUACUGUUUCUGCCUCCUGGCUCGUCUGAAAUCAACCAUUGCCAGUCCGUCCUCAGAGGAGCUCGUACACCAUGUGUUCAAACCUCUCGAUAUGAUGGUAAAAACAACCGGGGGUCCGACGUUUGGAGCAACGGUCUCUAGUCCUGCUAUGACCAGCUCAGCUGUUUCCCUGCUGCAAGACACCCUGAACGAAGAGGAGAAGGGGCUGUGGACGUCUCUGGGUCCCAACUGGACGCUCCAUCGCUCUCAGCUCAGAGGACCUGUCGCUUCGUACACCCCUGUGUUCCUGGAUGGCUGGAAGCCGGAAGCCAUGAGGGCGGACGGGCAGGUUUGGGAGGAUCCGGUCGAGUCACAGCACAAACAUGAGGCCCACCGGGUAAAACAGGAGCAGCAGCCUCCUCAGCAGCCAGGUCCUCCAGUAAUCAACAACAAAGAGGUAGGACCUUCAGCUGAGGCUGAGAGACUCUACCUGUGCACCUACGACUUCAUCGCCAGGAACAACAGUGAGCUUUCGGUACAGCAGGGAGAGACUCUCGAGGUGAUCGAGUCAUCCAGGCGCUGGUGGAAGUGUCGUAAUCGGUUCAACCAGGUGGGCUUUGUGCCCUCCAACAUCCUUGAACCUGUGGACCACAUAGACAGCCCUGUGAGCAAACCUCCCAGCGCUCCAGCCCAGCCUCCCAUCACCAAAUCUGUCACUCCGGUCCCACCGAGCCCCCCUGCUCUGCACCUCACUUCAUCCCACUCUCCCCAGCGUCCUCGAAGCUCACCAACAUACAGCCAGCAUAUCCCAGUUGCAGAGGAAACAGAUAAAGUCAUGUUGGUGAACGACGAGCUUCUCCAGAGGCUGACCAAUGGAAAGGCCAACCUGAACAAACCUCUGGUCAUCCAUCGGUCUGCAGAGACCUCUGUUCCUCUGAACUACCACUCUCCUCCAGAGGAGGUGGUUGAGUGGCUCCGAGGGAAGGGCUUCGGUGAACCGACGGUACAUUGUUUGAGCGUGCUGACAGGAGCUCAGCUCUUCUCGCUCAACAAGGAGGAGCUGCGAGCUGUGCUUCCAGACGAGGGUGUCAGAGUCUACAGUCAGCUCAGUGUGCAGAAAGCACAGCUAGAGGACGCCAGGAGGGCCACAGAGCUGGAGGCGGUCAUGGAGAAGCAGAAGAUGAAGGUUGACUUGAAGCUGGAGAGCAGCACGUUGUGAGCUGCACCCAGGAAAGACUCGGGUGGAUUUUUCAUGGCACUGAACAGCAGACUGUUGAGUAGUUCAAUGUAUUUAGCAGAGGAAUGAAGUGUGACACUGAUUGUUGGAAGCAUUCAGUGACUUUUCUAUGUUCUGAGUGAAAUAAAUAUUUAAGCUCC